CACCCAGAAUUUGGCUACUUCAAUUCUCAAAACACUGCUCCACCGAAAAUCACUAUCUAGCAUUUCCACCCUCAUACAAGCCUCGUUUCCCAGAACAUAUACAUCGAAACUCCCCUAUUCCUCUGAUGCGGAUGGGUGAGGUGGUGCUUCGUCAAUGAAAUGUUAAGGGUCAACGACGGGCUGAUGUGGGUUCAACCUCUUUCAGUUGGCUCCCCAGCGACUUGCAUCAUAAAACGACAACUUCGAUUGAGAUUUUAAUCACCCAAUGUUUAAUUAGUUCUCAUGGAAUAAUUUGUAGAAGUCUAAGAGAGAGCUUUCUCACAUCGCAACUGGAAACACAACCGAUCCAUUCGCUCCUCCGUUGAACUCACAAAAUUCUAAGGAUCGAAACGUCCUGAUUCUGCCCUUGUCCAAGCAGUUCUCCCGCCAAACCUGAUAUAAAAAGGGUCAAUAAAACAAUGUUGGAUUUAGCGACGCACAGCGUCCCCGACUCGAAGGCGUUCUUCAGUUAUAAUCUCCUCCCGGCGUACGUGGACGAAAAACAGCUGCCGUUGAAACGGAAGCCGUUUUCGACGUUUCGAAACUACACGUUUCCCCAUACGAUCAGCCUCAUACUUCCGGAAGAUGCAUACGAAGGGAUACAGAGCAAGCAAGAGCAAGGAGACUUCCUGACGUUGUCGUACUGCAAGGUGUAUCUUCGCCCGGCGGAGUUGCUGGAGGAGGAGUUCUUCAAUGAGUAUAUGAAGAAGGGGUCUGUCUUAAUGAGGUCUGAGGGACGGGAGGGAAUGGAUACGUUGAUAACGGUUACGGAAGGACAGCUACGGAUCGAAUUGGACAAGGCGACCUACGAACGCUGCGGGUUGGUGGGCAAGCCCAUUGACGACAAGGGCCGGAAACAUAAGAAAGUUCGAUUCGCCAUCGAACUCGACCUCCGCGCCCCCUCCAUGCUCCACGGCAAAAAAGGGUUCCAACGCCUCCUCCACGCCCUCGAAAAUGUCCUAAAUUCCUCCAUCACCUUCCUCUUCCUCGACCUCCAGAAACCCCACGACCAACUUGCGGGCCCCAUCUCCAAACACGCCCCCAUCUUACGCCAGGUCACACCCACCAUCACCCACCUCCCCCGCACGCGAACCCCCGUCAUCGAACCAGCCAUGGACCUCACCAACCCCCUCCACGCCACCGAGCUCCUCGAGUGGCUCGGCCUCGUCGCGCUGGAGUCACCGCGCGUGAGCGCCGACGACGACAUGGACCGGUAUCUCAGCCGGUACGACGUGCCGACUCUCGGCCGCGAGGUAGAUCUAGGGGAAUCGGCCGCCACGAGGACGGCGGACCUAGUGAAGCUGGAGUGGAAGGGGUUGGCGUCCGCGGAGUUCAUUACGGGGAUGUAUGUGGCCGCGAGGAGGAGGACGAUGGGGUCGUGGUGUGCGGUUGGGGCGGGAAUGUUUGAUGGGAGGGAUUAUACAGUGUUGAGUAUUGGGGGGGAGGAUGUGCUAUGCUGGGAGUGUUGGGAUUGAAUUUCACGUUCACUUUUCACGUU